UUCGCUCCUCCCUCCUAGGGUAGGUGGGGCCGCCUCGGGCUCGGAGAGCCCGGGGGAGGGGGAGGGGUCUCUCAGUCUCCGUCUCCUCCUCCUCCUCCUGACCAUAGAGCGGAACGCUCUGCCACCGCAAGCGGGCUCCCAGUGCAUUGAGUCGAGGCAAGCUGACGGAAGGCGAGCGGGUGAAGGGGCGAAGCCGAAGCCGGAGGCGGGGCAGGACGCGGGCUAAGUGGGGACCUGUGUGCAGCCGUGCGGCGUUUCGAGGUGGGGGGGCAAGGGCAAAGCAGCCACGUCGAAGCAGAUGGCGAGUGGGAACUGGCACGGCGAGGGUCUCCGUCGGCCGCGGGGCCAUUGAGACGUUCCAGAUGCCGGAGCCUUUCUCGGAGACUGACUCGCCCGCGCUUAGCUCGGGGCAGUGAGAUUUCUCCGCCUCUUGCCAGGAGCGAGACGGCCGCCUAGAGCCCCAGGUGCGCUUCGGAGAGGAGCGGAGAGCCGCGGAGAGCCGAGCGCCCCGAGCCCGAUUGUCUACGGAGAACAGGCUGCCCUGCAGCCCGGAGUCCAGCAGGUGCCGGCUCUCGCUCUCUCUCACCUCGCCUCCGGGCCGGGGGAAGGGGGCGCUGAGGGAGUGCGUCUGCCCCUCCCACCCAAGGCAGAGGUAUUCUUUGGUCGGAGUGUGCGGGAAGGGGAGACUAGCCCAACUUACCGGAGAUGCGCCGGUGACCGGGGAGCGAGUGCGAGGGAACGAGAGAGAGGGGAGGGGGAGGAAAAAAAGUCACUUUCUCUCCUCCUCCCCACUCAAAGGUGUCCAGCGCCUCCCUCUCCGGGCCGCGAUGGCCAAGAACACGUCGGAAGGGUCUGGCAAGGAGGAUCUGAGCAAGGUUCCGGACGAGGAGCUGCUACGCUGGAGUAAGGAGGAGCUGGCUCGGCGGCUGCGACGGGCAGAGGGCGAGAAGAUGGGCCUCAUGGUGGAACACGGCAACCUGAUGAAGGACGUAAACCGGCGACUGCAGCUGCACCUCCACGAGAUCCGCGGCCUCAAGGAGGUCAACCAGAAACUGCAGGACGACAACCACGAGCUGCGGGAGCUCUGCUGCUUCCUGGACGACGACCGGCAAAAGGGCAAGAAGCUGUCGCGCGAGUGGCAACGCUUCGGUCGGCACACGGCCGGCGUGCUGUGGAAGGAGGUGGCCCUGUCCCAGCAGAAGCUGCGCGAAUUGGAGGCCCGCCAGGAGGCCCUGCUGCGGGAGAACCUGGAGCUCAAGGAGAUCGUGCUUAUGCUGGACGAGGAGCGCAGCGGCGCCGGCUCCCGCAGCUCCAUCGACAGCCAGGCCAGCCUCACCAACCUGGCGGGGGGCGCCGGCGGUGCGGGGCCCCGCGACGUGGGUGACGGCAGCAGCACGUCCAGCACUGGCAGCGGCGGCAGCCCAGACCACCACCACCACCCGUUGCACCCCCACGGGCACCUGCCGCCGCCUGGCCCCCCGCAGCCGCAGCAGCCCGCAGCCUCCGGGCCCCCCCUUCACAAAGCAGCGGAAGCCAAGGCCGGCGCCACCAGAAGAUCGUUGGACGACCUGUCCGCGCCCCUGCACCAGCGGAGCAUCUCCAAUGGACUCAACGAUUCCUCUUGCAAUUACAUCAGACAGUUGGAAACGAAGGUGAAACUGCUGGAGGACGACAACAAACUUCUCUCUCAGCAGUCCAGUUCUGGGGACUUCAGGACUCUUCGGAAGGGGCUGUCCCCGUAUCACUCAGAGUCACAGCUGUCAUCAUUGCCACAGUACCAGGAUGCCCUGCAGAAUGGUCCUGCUCACAUGACAGCCGAGCUUUCUUCUUCUCCUGCAGUGGGCUAUGUCCCUAUGGGACAGAAACCUGAGGCAGUAGUGCAUGCUAUGAAGGUCUUGGAAGUUCAUGAAAACUUGGACAGACAGAUACAGGACAGUUAUGAGGAAGACCUGAGUGAAAAGGAGAAAGCAAUCGUCCGUGAAAUGUGCAAUGUUGUAUGGAGAAAGCUUGGAGAUGCUGCAAGUUCCAAACCUUCCAUCCGACAGCACCUUUCAGGAAACCAGUUCAAGGGGCCCUUGUAGGAGCUUGUGUGUGUAUGGGGAAAUGACUUCUUAGCAAUGGGACAAUGGGAGAUGCACAAAAGGAAGGGACCUCUCACUUUCUGGCUGCCGGAAUUAUUUUUGUGGUAUUCUUUGUAAAUAUGGCAGCUUUGGCCUAGGGUACUCUUGAGGUCCUGGGAUGGCUUUUCACUGGUCCUGAUUAUCCUGCUUCAGAAAAAAACCAAUUGGAAAGUUUUUGAUGGUGUACUGACACCCCUCUCGCCUGCUUGAAUAUAUGGCCUGCUUUUUCCAUCUUUGGUACUGACAAUACCCAUGAAAUGGCUUUUUCAAAAGUGAGUUGGAAUGAGGUGCAGGUUCCUAGUUGGAUUGUUCAAAACAUAGCCUAGAAGUUCCACUUUCCUUCUUGGGGUUGUCAGCCAUGCAGUUCCUGGGGCCAUGGUGGUAUUGGGGGGGGGGCAAUUUCUGAUAAGCCUACUAUGUGCUCUUAGAAUCCCCUAGGGGAAAAGACCCUUGAGAUAUUCAUCUCAUCCCCUCCUGUCUCAUACUUAAUCCAUCCCAGAAACAGCCUAAGGAGAUAGAUGCUGGGCUUCUUUUGUUUACUUAGCCCAGAACAAAGGCUACCAUGUGUUUUAUCUUCCUCGUCUGAAUAACUUUCCUCAUGAUACCAUGUACCAGAACACCAGUUCAUGCUUCACAUUUAUGUCUUGAUAAAUCUGACAACACACCAGCUUCCUUUUCAUAGUCCAGGUCCUUUUUUGCCAUGAGCCAGGUAGUUUCUUUUGAACUUUGAGGUUGAAUACUCUUAGGCAAGUAAACAGCCCUCUCUCUCAUCAGGGCUUGGAAUGCUCUGUGAAAACACCGGGUAACUGGUCCACAGCUGUCCGUUAGUAUUAGUUAAUUCAAAGACCAAAAUGAGUCUACCUAUUUUCUAUAGCCUUCUUUAUCUCCCCACUAAGUCUUGGUUGAGAACUUCAGAUCUCCAAGUAAUUUAUAAGUGUAGGUUUUCUCCUUCCUACACUUUCCACCAUAGUUCUUCCUUAGUUUGCUGUGGUUCAUUCCUGGGUGCCCCAGACAUUAGAGAUGAGUCUCUCCAGAGAGUGGAUGAUCAGAUGAAAUAAUAUUCCUUUGCUCAGCCCUUAGCGGAAGUUUUUCUGGCUUCAAAGGGCUGGGCAAGUCUUGUACUCUGCUGACAUAAGACUUUGAGAAUCCAAGGAGGUUCUCAUCAGUGGGUCACGAAUUGAUGUUUAUAAAACUUCAAGGGUUUUUAUUCUGCUCCAUGGAAUUGCUCCUUGCUUGGCUUCUUGAUGAUCUUGUACCACAGGCUGCCCUCUAAUUCAGGGAUGUUUUAGUCAGAUGUAAUUGAAAGAAGGGAAAACAAAGGUCUCUGCACAAAGUAUUCAUUGCCACCUCAGGAAGUAUCCUCUGUGCUUGAGCGUGCGCACGCGCACACACACACA